UUGUUGCCUUACAGACGAGGUCUCGAGCAGCGGCAUAUACAAAUGAUUGCUCUUGCGGGUACCAUUGGGACGGGACUUUUCCUUGGUUCGGGUCGCGCACUUGUAACUGGCGGACCUGUCGGCAUCUUUCUCGGGUAUCUUCUCACAGGCCUUCUCGUCUCCGGUGUUGUUAUAUCUAUUGCAGAAAUGUCUGCUCUCGUUCCUCUGUCCGGGAGCAUCAUCCGUCAAGCCGAAUACUUCUUCGAUCCCGCUUUAAGCUUUGCCCAGGGUUGGAAUACAAUGUACAACUACUCUGUUGGUAUACCUGCGGAGAUAGUUGCUGCAGGAGUAUUGAUCGAGUUUUGGAUCUCAUCAAGCCAGGUCAUUUGGAUAACAGUGUUAGGACUGUUAGUAAUAUCAACAAAUCUGUUGUUCAUAAGAGUUUAUGGGGAGAUGGAAUUUGUGUUUGCAAUACUUAAGAUUUUGCUCAUCGUUGGACUGAUUAUCAUGGGUCUUUGUAUCGAUCUUGGAGGAGUGUCAGGUCAACCUCGUCUCGGAUUUCACUACUGGAGGGACCCGGGUCCGUUUAUUCAAUACCUUUCUAUCCCUGGUCCUCUUGGUCGUUUCUGCGGCUUCUGGACUACUUUCUCUAAUGCUGCUUACGCCUACUCUGGGGUCGAAGGCAUUGCCAACGCUGCUGCCGAAACCCGCAAUCCUCGUCGAAACAUUCCUAAAGCGGCAAAAAGAAUAUUUGUGCGCGUGUUGAUUUUUUAUGUGCUCUCCGUUUUCGUCGUAACGUUGCUUGUUCCGUCAAACUCGGAAGAUCUGUUGAGCGCACAGGGGAAGGGAAAUGCAGCACAGUCUCCGUUCGUGAUUGCGGCAAGUUUGGCGGGCAUCAAGGUCGUACCACAUAUAAUGAAUGCGGUAGUCUUGACUAGUGCCUGGUCCGCAGCGAAUUCUGGUAUGCUGACCAGUACACGAACAUUAUAUGGUCUUGCCCGUGAGGGCCAUGCUCCCAAAUUUCUUCUUUGGACCAAUCGCUUUGGGAUUCCCUACAUGUGUGUUAUAUGUGUUGGUGUUUUUAUCGCUCUGGGAUAUAUGACUUUGUCCAACAAUGCCUCCAUCGUGUUUGCUUGGUUCCAAGAUCUCGUUUCCACUGCGGCCCUCGUGCAAUGGUGUAUCAUAUGCAUUGUCUAUUUACGAUUCUACUAUGCUUGUCAACGGCAGAAAAUCGACAGAUAUACCGAACUUCCUUGGGCAGGUCCUUUCCAGCCUUAUGCUGCGUGGGUGUCGUUGCUAAGCUUUGCAACUAUUUUGUUAACGGCGGGGUAUCCGGUCUUCAUCAAGGGCGAUUGGAACUCAGAGGAAUUCAUUGGUGCUUAUUUUAACCUCCCGUUAAUCUUUGGGUUGUUCUUUGGAUAUAAAUGGGUGAAAGGAACGAAGCUGGUAGGGUUAGAAGAAAUGCCGGUCAAAUAUUACAUCGAGAUUGCGAAGGAGAAUCCGGAGGAGGAUGAUAAGCCAACGAAGGGGUGGAGAAGAUUCACAAUCCUUUGGACAUAA